UUCGCUGUCACCCACAUGACCAAGGCCCAUCUCUUUCACACCGGCCGUGUCCGCUGGGUGCCCCCGGCCAUCUACAAGUCGUCCUGCUCCAUCGACGUCACCUUCUUCCCGUUCGACCAGCAGAGCUGCAAGAUGAAGUUCGGCUCCUGGACGUACGACCGCGCCAAGAUCGACCUGGAGCCCUUUGAGAACACGGUGAACCUGAAGGAUUACUGGGAGAGCGGAGAGUGGGCGAUUGUCAACGCCGUGGGCACCUACAACACCAAGAAGUAUGACUGCUGCCACGAGAUCUACCCGGACAUCACCUACUAUUUUGUUAUCCGCCGUCUCCCGCUGUUCUACACCAUCAACCUCAUCAUCCCCUGCCUGCUCAUCUCCUGCCUGACCGUCCUGGUCUUCUACCUCCCGUCGGACUGCGGUGAGAAGAUCACGCUGUGCAUCUCCGUGCUUCUGUCGCUCACCGUCUUCCUGCUGCUCAUCACGGAGAUCAUCCCCUCCACGUCGCUGGUCAUACCGCUCAUCGGGGAGUAUCUGCUCUUCACUAUGAUUUUUGUCACGCUGUCCAUCGUCAUCACCGUGUUCGUGCUGAACGUGCACCACCGCUCGUCGGCGACUCACACCAUGCCCAGGUGGGUCCGGAGGCUGUUCCUGUCGGCGGUGCCGCGCUGGCUGUGUAUGAAGCGUCCCAAACAUGGUGUGAGGCCUGUAAGGCGGUGCCGCCUGACUGAUGGACUCCUCCCCUUCCAGACUCCAGGCCCCUCCCACAGCCCGCCCACCUGGAUCACUCAGGAGUCUGACAUCCAUCUCCAUGGUUACCGGGAGGAUGAGAACGGUCGCCGCAGGAGCCGCCAGCUCAACUCCUCGGCUAAAGAUGAUGAAAUCCACUACUGCAAUCUCCACGGUUACACAAACGCCGAUCGUGGGGGGAGGUUUAGGGGGAAGGUAGCCGGGCGACCGAGGAUUUCUCCCCUCUCUUCUUCUUUCCCUCCAUCUCUAGCUUACAUCCUCCUCCCACAGACUCACUCCUCACUCGGCUUGGAUUGGGACACCCCUCCUGUGGAGCGUGGUUCAUUCCAGAGCCCACCUGCCUCUGUCCUGUCUCCGGCGGUGCUGUCGGCCCUGGAGGGGGUGACCUACAUCGCAGAGCAUCUCAGAGCCGAGGAUGUAGACUUCUCAGUGAAGGAGGACUGGAAGUACGUCGCCAUGGUUGUAGACCGGAUCUUUCUGUGGAUGUUCAUCAUCGUGUGUCUGCUGGGGACCGUCGGACUCUUCCUGCCUCCGUGGCUCUCUGGGAUGUUUUAGAACCAAACCGGAAAUCAGAAAAGAAAAACAAACGCAUCCAAUAAAUAAUAAUAAAAGGGUCUGUAAAGAAUCAGUCAGUUACCAAAACUCUCGAAGAAACUCUUACCAAAAGUUUCACUUGAUUUCCUUCUUAUUAUGAACAUGUCAUGAUCCAAUAACCUUUCUGUUGUCCUUGGGUCAAAUUUGACCCAUUUUCAAAGUUUACUUUACUAGAAUUUUGGGUUUCUUUCAACCAAAUUGACCAAAAAUAACAAGGAUGGUUUCAUACAACGCUUCUCCCCAGUCACCUUCUCUCACAGUGAUCUUCCAUCUCAGAGGCUCAGUCAUGUUUAAAGGUGGAGAACAGGAAACAUGACGUGGUCACAUGUAAUAUAAAGUAAUAUCAUAAUAUAUGAUAAAGUAGAUCAACAGCCUUAUUAGUUUUUUAGCCUAAACUUAAAAUUUGUUCUCCAUAUUCCCAUCCUCUUUCAGUCACUCUGUUUUCUGAUUUGUACAUGCCUGAAGACAGUGGAGACAAUUAUUAUUAUAUUUUUUUAGCAAUUGAUUAUUAACUUAUUGGAAUCAAAUUGUUCUAGAGAGAAUCGCAAUGCAUUUAGGAAUCGAUUGUCCCCCCCCAGGUAGUGGAAAAUAGGUGACAAAAACAUCUAAAUAAAUCAACAAAAACGUCAAAGUAAGAGAAAUAACCGUCAAAAUAAGCGACACACAUGUCAAAAUAUGGGAGAAAAAAUCUAAAUCAACAAAAACAUAAAAAUGAAAGAAAUAACCGUCAAAAUAAGAGAACAAAAAACUGUCAAAAUAACAGACCAAAACUUUUUUUUAAAGAGACCAAAAUGUCAAAAUAGGAGAGAAAAGGUCAAAAUUAGCUAAAAAACGUCUAAAUAAGAGACCAAAACUUUUUAAAAAAGAAAAAAGGCAAAA